AAUGGAGGGAGAAGCACGGCGGGAGAAGGACUCGAGGGAGAAGAAUCCGUGACUCACCCAUCGACUUCUCAUUCACACACAGAGAGAGACAGAGGAGGGGAGAGAACCGGUGCUGCGUUCUCUGGUCGCCAUUCAGUUGGAACGAUUCUGAAGUUUCUUCUCUUGGAACCGUUUGUUGUUCCUGUUGCUUCUUCUGGUGCUGCUCCGGCUCCGGCUCUGCUCCAUCUCCAUGGGAGAAAGACAAAGGAGGGGAGACAACUCAGACCCACGAUAUCGUUCAUCUUCUUCGGGUUGGAUGUUCAUCUGAGAAUCGAAAGAAUCCCAUUCCCAUGUUUGUUCGUGGGUCUGCGUGAGUGCUCUGUUGGGAUCAACAAACCUUACCAUCGGUCAUCCUCUUCCCAUAACUUGAGGUUCCUCUCUGAAUCUCCAGUGGACCAAUUUAUUGUGAACGGUAGCUGCAGAAAUUUGACUCUAAUUCCCAUUCAUCAGUGGAAGGGAAAACUUUCAGCUCAUAGAAGGCCACUUACAGAUAAGGCAGCAUAUAGUUAUGGUGGAGUGUUAGUAAAAGAUACUGAUGGAACAUAUAUGAAGGAGGGAGGUGAAUCUAUUGCAAUUCGUAUGGAUGGAACAAUGAAUUUCACCCAGUUCUUGGAGAAGGUUUGUUCAUCAUGGAAUUUCAGCCCUGAUGGUGUUUUAUUGAAGUGGUUAGUGCCUGGGAGUAGAUGUGCUCCUAUUAGCCUUAAGGGAGACUUAGACCUCCAAAAUAUGUUGGAUUUUAACAGUCGUAGUGCCAUAGUGGAUGUAAUUGUGUCAAGGGAUGAUGGCUCUAUCGGAAGUGAUCACUAUGGGCCCAGCAGGUGCAGUGUUACUUUUGCACAGUCUCAGCAUAUGGAUGACGGGAAUGUUGAUGAGACUUGUGACAUGGUUAUUACAUGUUCAAGUGAGACACCUGUGGACAAAGUACUAACCAUAUUUUGGGAGAAAGCAAUAGAGGGUGUGGGACAGAUGUUUAAGUCAGCAACUGACUUUCGACAAUCGGUUGCUCAAUUUGCUAUUGCAAAUGGUUUUCGUUAUUUGACAAAGCGGAGUGAUAAAGCGAGGGUUAUUGUUGAGUGUGCAGUUGAGGGAUGUUAUUGGUCAAUUAGGGCAAGUCAUGUCAAGCCGAGUGGAAUGUUUAGGAUUCAUAAGUACCAAGGUGUACACCAACAUCCACCUGGAUCUCAGUUCAUUGACAAGGUGAAGGUACCGCAGUCUCUCAUAGCUAAUACUGUGGUUGAGAAAGUUCGAGACACUCCCAAGUAUCCUCCAACUGAAAUCAUUAUUGAUAUGAAAAGAGACUAUCACCUAGAAUUGAGUUACAUGCAGUGUUGGAGGGCAAAGGAGGUUGCAAAUGAUAAAGUGUUUGGAUCUUUCAAGGAAUCUUAUCUGUACAUCCCUUGGUAUUGUAAUAAGGUUAUUGAGACAAACCCUGGGAGCCAUGCUAAAUAUGAGGUUGAUGAUGAUGGUAAAUUUACAAGACUAUUUGUAGCCUAUUACGCUGCUGUGCAGGGCUUCAGGACAGGAUGUAGACCUGUAUUGUUCAUUGAUGGCACUCGCAAGUGUUGCAUAUGGCUGCCAAUUGACCUACAAAGAAAACAUAGGUUAGAAGGUUAA